UAACACACCAAUAGGUUGGCAAUUAUUGGAUGUCGACAGAUUUCUUUCCGUCAUUCGUAAAACUAUAAAGAUUAUAUCGAGUUCAUAUUAGCAGUCGGCCGGAAAGGAUAAGACAGUCGUAUGGACCUAUGGGGAAAGGCAAACAAUCACUUCCUUGUUACAUGGAUGAUGUUUAUAUUUUCUGAAAAGUCCUCAUAGUUCAGUACAAAACACCGGUUGUGAAACCAAACAAACCAGUGCAUAUUUUUCAUUCGAGCAAUGGAGAGUACGUUCCCAACCGCUCUUUCGAUUUCUCUGGUCGUCAAUGUAAUUCUUGGGAUCGUUUUUAGCGGAAUGUACAUCUUCCUCUAUCCUGGAAUGACUUCUACCGAGGAAAAUCCCGUGGUUCAGGGGGCGCGUCUUACGUCCACGUUAGCAACAAACAAUGGAUUCUGUGUGUCCUGUGAUUAUUUGGGUGAAAGCCUGUUUACGUCGAACACGUUAUACACGGAGGUUUUGCAGGUGAAUUGCGGCAACGAACACCGUCUUUGCUGUUACAAUGACACAGUGCUUCAAGGAUUCAUUUUUGCAGCGGCAAAUAAAGUCAGAAACUUAAAUGAAAUAAGUGAUGAUAUGUCAUCUUUGAAAGACUCGUUAAUUACUUGGAGAAAUAGAGAAAAUGCUGCUCAUUUAUAUAUCGACACCAGUAAACCUCUGUCUACAGAUAACUAUGUACGAUGGCAAACUUCUGAUCCGCUAGGAAGUGCUUUUAAAUCUCCCAAUAUAUCCCUGGCCAAUUCGACCACUAUCCGUGUUUCAGCUGCAGGAAAAUACUAUAUUUAUUCAUCGUUAAAGAUUCUGCAAGGCUAUACAGCCCAGAGUGAAAAUUUCAACGUAAUUCUAGGAAGGAAGCGGAAAAGCAGUAACAAUUCUUACCUUGAAAAACUUCAACUUAGAAAAUUUAGAAAUAAUAAAAGGGAUCCAUAUGAGUCUGUUUUGUUCCAUGGAAUUGUUUAUUUGGAAGCAGAGUACGAAGUUGUUGUUGACGUUCAGGAGAACGCCAAGAACCUAAUUGACGUAUCAUCGUCUUUCUCCAAUUACUUCGGAAUAUAUAAAGUUGAAUAAGAGGUUUCACAUUGUGUUGAAAUGUAAUGGAAGAUACUGUGACAUAUCACAAAUUCUACUCAGGGCAAUAAUCAGUAGUUAACUAACAGCAACAUCAACUGUGUAUAUCAACUGGACACCCAUAACAUUUUAGAUGUUGGAAUAAACAUUGUGUCAUGCAUGUACAAGCUUUAAAAGAAGAAAUACUGGUACAAAUGUAGAUGAAAUUAAUACAACCCUUUCAUAGUUUAUAUAUUGUUUUUAUAAAAAAUCCAAGGAAACAGUUACUAAUUUGUAUGCAUUUAUCAGAACUACAUGUAUUAACUCAUUUAUUUUAUAAAAAUUUCUUUAAAAUGUUAAUUCGAUGAUCACUACACAUGCUUUUUUAAAAGUGCAUUCAUUAACCAUAUUAAAAAUAAAUUGUAUAGUAUGAUUACUAAAACGAUGGUAGAUUAUGAAAUUAUUUCAUCAAAGUGUAAUAUCGAAAAAUUAUACUACAAGAUAGUUGCGAAAUACUUGUUUUAGGAUGGUUUUCCUUGACAAAAAAUUCAGAUUCAUUGAAUAGAUCUGGAUAGUUUAUAGUUUGCAUAAUGGAAAAAAAAUGGUCUAUCAGAAAGUAAUAAAUAAUUGUUCUUUCGAAAUAUGUUCAAGGUGUAUUUUUAAUUGAUUGUGAACAGAUUUAUCAAUAAAUUAAUCAAUGAAUUGCCGUAUUCUAAGAAAGAAUAGAAAGGGGUGAUUUUCGCAUCCUUCAUAUAAUCAAACCAUAAUAUGAAACAAUUUUUACACCUUUCAACAUUUUAUGGAUAAUACUAUGGGAUCAAGUAAGACAAGAGUGCUUGUGUAUUUGUUCAAUGUGAUUAGUUCAGUUAAAGGUGAUUGUAGACAUGUUUCUUUUUAAUUAAUAAAUGAAAAUAGUCAUAUCCGAACAAUCCGAACUCAUAUCUUAUUUAUCUUCCAUGCAUUUCCAUUACAAUUUCUUAAAAUAGAAUCACAAGAGCGAUUAAAGUACUACAAAUUACAAAGUACUAAUUAUAUUUCCUUUACUUAGAAAAUGGAUUUAUUUUGGGAUAAUUUCAAACAUGUAUAUGGUUUAAAAAUACUUCUGACGUUUUUCCUGCAUACUUUUCCACAAUACAGGAAACUUCCCCCCAAUUUCAAGUGUGGGGAAAUCCAAGAGAACGAUUGUUUAAAAAUGAGUAACACGUGUAGAAAAAUCAGAUAAUUCAAGAUGACAGCCUAUUCGCCGUUUCAGAAGUGCUUGAUAUCAUUAACAUUUGUGGUGAACGUAUUGAUAAUUAUAAUUGGCAGUGCAUGGAUUGGUUUACAUUGGGAGACUAUCUUUCUCAAUUUCUGGAACCGCAAAACCCCUCUAAUGGAUAAGAGAAACGUGAGUGGAGAUGCGAUUGGGCUGACCAAGGAUUCUGUUUGUAUGUCAUGUGACUACCUGGGGGACACUGUGCUUGCCCACGAGACCCUGUAUAGCGAUGUUAUAACAACUGAGUGUGAAAACAAGCUAUGUUGUUUAAAAGACGGGGAAAUUCGCAACUUCCUACAGUCGAUAAACGAUCUUAAAGAAAGCAACUCACUGACCAAGACUUCACUAGGCUGGUGGAGAAACAGACCCAAUUCCGCUCAUUUUUAUAUGGACAAAGAUACUCCUGUCAAAGAUAAGGACCUCCAGUGGACGCUUGCCGAUUCACAGGAAACAGCUUUCGCGCAGGGUAUUGAACUUCUCAACAAAACUUAUAUGAAAGUGAACAGUGUUGGCCUUUACUAUAUAUAUGCUGCAACAACCUUCGAUCUUGGAUCACGUGAACUGAUCUCGCCAUUUUAUCAGAUUUUAAGGAAAUCCCAUCCUAAACAGACAAACACGGGAGACGAGUCUCUCGUGUUUCAUAAAAUUAGCGGAUUGACACUGGAGAAACAACAAACAAUUUUCAUGUCGGGAAUAUUCUUUCUUAGGAAAAAUCACCAAAUUUCCAGUGAACUUUCAGAGGGCGGACAUAAAUUCUUGGACACGUCAGCGGUUUUGAAAAAUUAUAUUGGUGCAUACAAAUUGCACCCGUGAACCACCUCUAGGUAAAGAAAAAACGACUUAUCAUGUUUUGAAAAAAAUACACGUAUAUAUCAAUAAUGUUUUUGGCAAGUUUUUAUGUACUUGGACCUUUUGACAAAAGUUGUUGCCAAAAUUGGCUCAAAUUAGCAUCCACAUAACAAAAAUCAACCUUGUAUGGUUUCUCAUUUAUUUUAAUGUUCUUUUUGUUGAACCCUUUCAUUAUUAUAUUUAUUGAAUAAAAUGCAGUCUUAAAAAUGUGUGCAUUAUACAUGUAAAAAGUAUCUAUAAAGUAUGCUAUAUCAAUAUCAUUAUUUGUGUAUUGUUGAUUAGUUUGUUUAACCAAAUAUCUUGUCUGAUGUUAAAAAAAUCAUUUAGUGUAAUGAGGAAAAAAGAACAUCCAUUCAAUAUUACGACUGUAACAAGAAAUAGCUUUAAUCAUGAAGAAAUUGUUUUGAAACCCAGAUUCAUUGUUAAAUA